CACCAAUAUGGGCGCUGAAAGGGUCGAGAUAGGGCCUUCUGGUCGUAAAAUCGUGUACGACGAGAAUGGCAAGCCGUGAGUGUCGUUCGUGUAACACUUUGCUUGAUUUCAAGUCCGCCAUGGGUAUGCCAUCUCCAGCGGCUUCAAAGGGUGCUGGUGGCAUGGCUGCUGCAAUGGGUGCCAUAUCCCAGGCUGCUGCUGCACCAGCCAGUGGUGCCAGCGAGUAUGCGAAGGACUGUCCUCCAGAUGUUGAGGUGCUGGGAAGAUCAUCGUGGACUCUGUUGCACUCGAUGGCUGCUAAGUACCCAGAAGCACCGACACAGGAGCAACAGCGUGAUAUGACGCAGUUCAUAGGGCUGUUUGCAAAGCUCUAUCCAUGCUGGUUCUGUGCAAAGGACUUCCAAAAGUUCAUUGCCGAGGAGAAGCCAAAGGUUCAAACACAGGAGGAGUUUGGCAGAUGGCUAUGCGAUGCCCAUAAUGAGGUGAAUGCCAAACUUGGCAAGCCCAAGUUUGACUGCCAGCUUUGGAAACAGAGGUGGAAAGAUGGCUGGGGUGAUGACAGAUGCUGAUGAUUACGUACACCCCGUGGAUGCCUACAACCGUGUAUAUACAGAUAGAAAUAAAAGUAC